AUGAAGGUCUCUGGGGCUGCCCUCUCCAUCCUCCUGCUCAUAGCCUUCAGCUCCCUGGCCUCUUCAGCACCGAUGGGCUCUGACCCUCCCACCUCCUGCUGCUUCUCCUAUGUCAAUCAAAAGAUUCCCAGAAACCGUGUGACGGAUUAUUAUGAGACCAGCAGUCUUUGCUCCCAACCAGCUGUGGUGUUCCUGACCAAAAAGGGCCGUCAGGUGUGUGCCAACCCCAGUGACGACUGGGUUCAGACUUACGUGGAUGACCUGGAGCUAAACUGA